CUUGACAUCGUUUCCUACAAUUUCCUCGAGAAUCGUCAGGGUCUCAUCAGACUACUCGCUCUUUAAGUCUGACUCGGAGGUCCCAAUUGACAAGUCACGCACUUUAUUCUUGCAGCGAGGGAUUCACUGGACGUUGCCACCAUGCCACCGAAAGUCGCUCAUCAAUCUGCUUUCCCUGAAGCGCGCGGGCUCAAGUAUGACGAAACCGAUAUGGCGCUCUUCCAUGCCAAGCUCUCUUACCACUCCACGAUCGAAGAACGCAUUGCGUCGAAAGACCCCAAUCUGGCAUCCAUCUCGGAACAUCAAGCGCGGAUUCUGCGGCGCUGGGAGAUGCUCAAGCAUUCGGAAAAAGAGAUGGCGGACAAAGGCAAGAGUCUGUCGCCGGCCGAGAAGAAGCAGCUAGCGCAGUACGAAUGGCGAUAUAAGCGAUUGGAGGAGUUGGUCACCAAGAGCACGGGCUAG